AUGGGUUGGCUACAGCAUCUCUCAGCAGUUUUACUGCUGGCUCUUGUUUCUCGGGUCUCUGGACUACUUGCAUUUCCCGGCGCCGAAGGCUUCGGCCGGAAUUCCGCUGGUGGAAGGACUGGCAGUGUAUAUCACGUUACAAAUCUUAAGCGUGUAGCUCAGAGUGCAACAGUUGACAAGGUCCGAACAUCCAGCGAUCAGGGCUCCGGGUCGUUUCGAGAUGCAGUCUCUAAGGCUAAUCGCAUCGUGGUCUUCGAUGUAGGCGGCACAAUCAACAUCACUGAUCGGGUGGUUGUCUCCAAGAACAUCUACAUCGCGGGACAAACGGCCCCAGGGCAAGGGAUAACGAUUUACGGAAAUGGGCUUUCAUGGUCGAAUGCGAACGAAGAAAUCGUACGCUAUAUCCGUUUCCGCAUGGGCAGGUCGGGUGACUCGGGCAAAGACGGCAUAACCAUCGCCGAUGGCCAGAACAUGAUUUUCGACCACGUCUCCGUGACUUGGGGCCGGGAUGAGACCUUCUCAAUCAAUGGGAAGGUUACAAAUGUGACGAUCCAGGACUCAAUCAUUGGUCAGGGACUAGACACGCAUAGCUGUGGUGGACUAAUACAGACCGAUGGCGGCGUGAGUCUCUUUAGGAACCUGUACAUUGAUAACAAGACGCGCAAUCCGAAGGUAAAAGGGGUAAACGAUUUCCAGAAUAACGUUGUGUACAACUGGGGAGGUGGCGGCGGCUACAUAGCCGGUGAUUCUGCCGGCCCAAGUUACGCAAAUAUCAUCAACAAUUACUUCAUCUCAGGCCCUACAUCAAGUGUAGCGGCCUUCACACGAGGCAACGCCAAUUUCCACGGAUACGUUUCCAACAAUUUCCACGACUCCAACCGCAAUGGCGUCCUCGACGGCACGGCUCUCUGCGCCCAGAAGAUGUGUUACGGCGACAUGGACGUCGUGAAGACCAAGUACACCUACCCCGGCCCGACGAAGCUGCGCAGCCCCCAGGAGGCCGUGACAUACGUGCUCGCCAACGUCGGGACCACGUUUCCGGCGCGUGACGCCAUAGACAAGAUCCUCGUGGCCGAGGUGCAGAGCUGGGGGAGAAAAGGCCAGCUCAUUAGCGACGAGAGGGCGAGUCCCAUGUACGGCCCAGGAUACAUCGCCGGGGGCACGAAGCCGAUCGACUCGGACGGCGACGGGAUCCCGGACGCGUGGGAACAGGCUAAUGGAUUGAACCCUCGGGAUGCGAGCGAUGCUAUGAGGAUCAGUAGCUCUGGGUACGCCAAUAUCGAGGUAUACGUGAACUCGCUGGUGCCGUCUUCGUAG